GAAGAUUUCGCGUCAUACCAAAGAAAACAUUCUACUCGCUACAAGUGCGAAAGUUCAAGAAAAAUACGUUUUCCCGGGCUGAUCCUUUGGCUGAUUUAAGCAGUUUGUGUCCAAGUGCUGAUCCUGUGAUUAACCCCAUCAUGAUUGGAAAGGCUCUAGUUUUCGCGGCGACGGUGGCCGUUGCAGUGUCAUCCCCAGUGUACGCACCAAUUUCCUACGGACCAGCUCUAUCGUACGGAUACGCGGCAAAAGCAAUCCAACCUCUGCACACAGUGGCCGUGGCAAAGCCUAUCGUAGCUGCCCCACUUAUUCACCAUGCGCCAGUCAUCGCCCACGCAGCGCCGGUUCUGAAGCACGUUGAAGCUUACGACCCGAAUCCCCACUACAGUUUUAGCUACGGAGUUGCCGAUCCCCACACCGGAGACUCGAAACAUGCCGAGGAAACGCUGGCCAACGGAGUCGUGCACGGAAGCUACUCGCUGACGGAACCCGAUGGCACCAUUCGCAAGGUCACCUACACGGCCGACAAGGUUCACGGAUUCAAUGCCGUUGUGGAGAAAUCUGGCCAUGCCGUCCAUGUUGCCCCGGUGGUUAAGAAAGUGGUAGCGCCGAUCGUGCACGCUCCUCUCGGGUAUUAUCAUCACUGUAUAAAAAGCCCAGCGCUCAAAUUGAAGGUACGUCAGUUAGUUGUUCACUUUUCAAUCGAACAGUGUGAAAUACCAUUUUCUAAGCUCACAAUGAGUUUGCUUAAAGUUGCAGUUUUCGCCGCACUAGCUCUGUGUGCUAGCGCCGAGCCUAAACCAAACCCGGGUCUCCUGGCGGCUCCAGUUGCACCGGUGGCCUACUCAGCACCUCUAGUCCAGGCACCAGUUGCCUACUCUGCCCCGGUUGCCGCCGCCUACUCUGCUCCUUACUACGCCAGAUCAUUCGCUGCUCCAGUUGCUGCUCCGUUUGUUGCUGCUCGUUCGGCUCCAUUCAUCGCUGCACCUGCUCCAGUUGCUGCUGCUUACACCGCUCCAAUUGUUGCUGCCCGUGCUGCCCCAGUUGUAGCCGCCGCUGCUCCGGUUGUUGCUGCUCGUGCCGCUCCUCUUGUUGCCGCUGCUCCGGCUCCAGUUGUCGCUGCUGCUGCUCCAGUCGUUGCUGCCCGUGCUGCCGCUGUUGUUGCUGCCCCAGUGCAGGCUGAGUUCACCGAUGCCUACCCACAGUACCAGUACGCCUACAACGUUCAGGAUACUCUGACCGGAGACUCCAAGACUCAGGAGGAAACCCGUGAUGGAGACAUCGUCAAGGGAUCGUACUCGCUGAUCGAACCCGACGGCAGCCGACGCAUCGUCAACUACUACGCCGAUCCCGUCAACGGAUUCAACGCUGUGGUCCAGAAGGAUAUCCCAGUUGCUGUGGCCGCCGCUCCUGCUGUUGCCGUUGCCGCCAAGACUGUUGUUGCCCCAGCUGUUGCCACCGUUGUCUAAGAAGUAGCAAGAUCUCUGCCUCUGUAAAUGCCGUGUAAAUAGGAUCAAUGACCCGAGUGUAAAUAGUCAUCUCUAGACUAUAGAAGUUCAAGACCAUCUCAGUGCAACUUUAAGCAACUACUCAUUUGUACAUAAUUUCCACUGUAAAAAACAAUCCACUGAAAAGUUGCUUUUGGAACGCACACUGUACAGUAUUAGGUAAUAAUAGAAAUUGCAACGCUUAUUGAAAACAA